AUGGGAAAUAUUGCCUUUUCACGACCACCAUUGUUGCAUCCUCAAGUGUCGCCCUAUAAGUCGUCCCAAACGUGCCCUUACCCAAAACCUCGGCUGAGGCCCUCAGCAAAUCCUCCAAAUCAAACGCGGAAAUUAUUGAUAUUUUUUCUUCUGAGAAAGAAGAUGAGCAGCAUAAUACCGAAACCGAGAAGCACAAGAACUAAACCGGUUAUGAUAAUCCCAAGCAAAGCCUGUUCACUUAAUUUUCGGACUGACUUAGGCACACUACCAACAAGAUCGUUAUAUGAUAAAUUAAGCAACUGCAAAUUCGGCAAAUCUAAAUCGGGUAUUUCGCCGGAAAGUGAAUUCGAGAUUCAAAGCAACAAGCUGAGUCAAGCUCGAAAACGACGAAGGAAUCGGGCCGUUAAACCCAUUGUUCGACAAAUUAACUAUGGUCAGGUUUUUCCAAGCAGAGAAGUCCAAAGGCAGGGGACCCCUGAAACUAUUGUGCUGAAGAUAAAGAAAGGGAAAGUGCCAUUAAUCCCAUUGGACCUCAAGCUCAGGACCUGCAGUGCCGAUAACCGGCUCAACGUGUUCUCCGGAAUCUGGCCGCGAAACCCUAACCCCGGCAGCCUGACAGAAAUUACCCUUCUGCCCUCCUCGUCGCAGGUAAUUCCGGUCCAGUUCUUGCAGACCGGAAACUUCUCGUCCCAGUUCAGAGGCCGCCGCAAACGGUUGAGCUUGCCGGAAAAGUCGAGCAGCGCUUGCUUGUCACUUUCAAGAAGUGCGGUCUCAGCAAGCACGAUUGACGACCAAAAAAGAAAACUUGCCAACAAGAAACGCAGAGGGAAAAGAUGGAGCUUCUCCAUUUCAAGANCCGAAGAUUUUCAAGGUGGUGUUCAAAAUAAAGAAGGCAUCAUCUGUUUUUCGAAUUGA